UUAUGAGCACAAUGAAUGAUUAGCAAUUAAAUGUAAAAUCUGGUAAUUCUAGAAGUAAUUAUCAAAUCGCUUCACUAAGUUCUAGCAACACAUAAAAAGAUUUAUAAUAGUAAUACCCUUUAGCAGAAAAAACUAUUCAAAACCCCCUCAUUUUGAAUCCUUUGAUAAAGCUCAAUAACCAACCUAUCCAAUAUGAUAUCAGUGAGAAAACUUUUAGAGAUAUAAAUAAUGAAGAACCUAAUUAGCAAAAGCGUUUUUCAGGAUUUGACCAGGGCAUAGAUGAUACAGACCUAAUAUUUAAAGAAGGAAAGGAUUUAUUUUAGAAAUCUCAAUAAUCUUUAAAUUUCGCAAGCAAUUUCUCCUCAUUAACCUUCAAGUCAUAAUAUGAAGUUUUAUCUUCUUCUCAAAAUAUAAUCCAAAAAGAUGACACCAAUAUUGAAAAUCUUCAUAAUAUAUAAUCAGGCUAGAUAAAAAGUAAGGGAAGUGAUAAGCUCUCUGAAACAAUUUCAUAGAAAAGCUAAAUAAAUAAUCAAUCUUUACUAUAAGAAAAUAUAAUUUCCUAAAAUUAUAUAAAAGAAAACACAAACUAACAAUAAGAUGACAUCAAUCAUGAUACUUUUUAUAAAAAUGAGCUCAAUGAGAAUGAAGACAAUUUAGAAAAAAGAAAGAAAAAUGUGGUUCUUGAUAUUGUAAAUAGAAAUGUGAAUCAAAAGAUAAAGCAAAAUGAAAAUUUAACAAUAAAGCUUAAUAAUUCUGAAAAACAAACAAUACCAGGAAAUGAGGAUAUUUCUAAAUUUGAAGAUUAGCAAAUUAGAGAAAGGAAUUAGACUUAGAUUCCAUCACCUGAUAAGUUUUAAAAAAGAAUAAAUAAUGAUGAUCUUCAAGCAUUAGGAGAUUAAAUAUCACCAAAUCAAAACAGGAGAUAACAUAAGUUUGAUAAGGUGAAUAAAAUAAAUUAAAAAUCGAAAUUUAAAGCAAAUAAUACUAUUGAAAAAGCAUUGAGAAUACUAAUUUAUAAAAAGAGAGAAUAGAGAAAUAAUGAAGACUUGGCUACCUUGUAAAAGGCUACAAUAGACAUGAACUUUUUUAAAGAACUAUUAUCAAAAAAGUCUAAUAUUUAAAAUAAUAUUCAUUAAAAUUUAUGCAAAGCAAUGUAAUAUGAGUACAGAAAGCAAGGGAGUGUUGUUUUUUACGCAGGUGAUAUCCCAGAUAGAUUUUAUAUUCUUUUAAAAGGAGAGGUUGCUGUUUUGCUGAAAAAAUAACAAGAAGAAAUAGAUAAGCUAAAAAAGGGAUAAAAUUUAGAUCCAACUGAUGAAAAAAAGAAGAGCAAAUUUACUUUAAGAAAAUAUUUGCUCUUUAAAAAAUUCUAAAAAGUAGUCAAUAAUCUGAAGAUUGUUAUUUUGUUUAUUAACAGAUUAAAAGCUCUUAAAAAUGGAACAGAGGAAACAGAAGAAGAUUAUUAUAGCCAAAAUAUAUUUAAUUUUAAUGAAACUUAAGCAGUUUUAUAAAAUAAAGAUGAGUUAAAUUAAAAUAAAGUUAUUACUAGCUAAAAUAAAAUUGCUUUAUUUGCAAAUGAAAUCGAAACUUAGUCUAGCAAGAUUACAAAUAGUAGCAACCCACCAGCUUUUAAUAAUUUUUCUGAGCUUAAAAAAAAAUAAUCUAUUUUUCUUCAGCCUAUCAAUAAUAGAGCAAGCUUAUUUAGCCCUGAAAAUAAUACUAAACUAUAGAGUAUAAUUAUGGAUACUUCAGGUUAAUCUUGUCUUAGCCCUAACAUAUCAAUUGAAAAGUAAAACAAAAAAAAGAAGAAAAAAAAGAAAGAUUUGUAAUUUACAAUCAAAUAAUAACCAACUAAGCCUAUUGAUGAUAAAAAAAAAAAUUUACUUCCAUCUUAGUUGGCUAUUUAUGAAAGUAAAUUGUAAGAUCAGCUGAAAUAGGAUAUUAUGACUUCCUCAAAAAAUAUUACAGGCCUUUUCAAAAUGCCCAAAAUGAGUAUAUUAUAAACAAGCUAACCCAAAAAGAAAGAUAACACAUAGCAGCUGUAAUAAUAGAGUACUCUGAAUUAAUCUUAAAGCAUGACUCAAUCGUAGUAAAAAAAUCAAAAUAACUCAACUGAGCUGAACAGUGCAGAAGAAAAAGAAUAAUAAAUAAAUACAAAUAAUUAAUCAAAAUAGAUAUAAACUCCUGAAGGUGGAAAAUAAGAAAUUAGAAGUGUGAGAAAAUCAUAUUUGAAGAAAAAGAUAUUAGUUGAUUUUCAAAAAGUUAGGCUUGGAGUUAGACUAGCUAAGAUAUUUGAACCUUCUAGUUAGUAAUCUUAGUUGAAUAUUGGUGGAGUAAAAAUAUUGCAAUGCUUUUAGAUGCAAAAUGAAAACUUAAAAAAAAUGCUGCCUAAACUAGAUUUAAUGAGUUUAGAAAACUCAGCACACUUUUUUGAUGAAAAUAUCUUUAAGUAUUUUCAUGCUUCUAAUUUAGGUGAAGGCAGAGUUUUUGGUGAUCUCGGUAUCUUAACUAAAAAGCCAAGAGCUGCAACUAUUGUUUGCAAUGAAGACUGCUAUUUUGGAGUAUUAAAUGUUGAGGACUACUCAAAAAUUUUAAUGGAACAAAAGAAAAAAAAGAUGCAAAAAGGGAUAAAAUUCCUUGCAUCAACCAUAAAUAUUAGUCUUUCAAUAGAAAAAAUGGCAAAAAUUUCAUAGUUUUUUGAGAAAAGAUAGUUUGCUUCUGGAGAAAGAAUAUACGAAGAAGGAGACUAAGUUUAACACAUUUAUAUUAUAAAAAGAGGUGAGGUAGAACUAUUUAGAAAACUACAAACUUCUUAUGGUAUAAAUUAGAAUCAAACUAUUACUGUCAGCAUUGGAAUUAUUGGUAUAAAAUCUUAUUUUGGAGAGGACGACACCAUAUUUAAUAGAAAAAGAAAAUACACUGCAGUUGCUAAGAUAGACACUAAGCUCCUUAUGUGCAAGAAAAAAGAUUUUUAAAAGUUAAUGAAUGAAAUAUCUGAGAUGAAUAUUGCACUCAAGGAAAUGGCCAUAUAAAAGGAAUUUUGGAGAGAUUAAAAAUAUUCAGAUAUCUAAAAAACUAGAAAUUCAAUCAAAAAAAUAGAAACUUUAUAUAAAGCAAGGAAUGCUAGCAAUUCAAUUUCUUAGCAACUUUCUGAAAAUGAAAAUCGUCUUUAAUAACAAAUUAAUGAUGCACUUUCUACUUUAGUCUCUUAGUAGACUCAUAAAACUUAAUACACUUAAGAAGAUGAUUAAUAUGAAAAUUAGUAAAGUGAAGAAAUUGUAAGAAGGCAGUUGCUUAAACUUGAAAAAGACAGCAAAAUAUUAAAUUUGGCUGUUUCAAGAAACAGAGAAAACUCUCUCUCGUUGAAUAGAAGCUCAAUAAAGCCAAAUCCAUAGCAACAGAGUGUUUUUAUAGAAAAAUCUUAAAUAUUAUAAUUAAAUAAUGAAUCUUAUCAGAUGAAUUCUCCUAAAAGCUAGGUAACAAACUAGAAAUCUCCAUAAUCAUCUCCAAGAUAAUCUCCUCGCAAAUCCCCAAUCUUAUCUCCUUAAAAACCACAAUUUUAUUCACCAAGAAUUCAUCCAAUUUAAAUUCCAAAAAAUAAACCUAAUCAAUCUCUAAAAUAAUCCCCAAAUAACAGAAAUAGUUAAUUAUAAUCUCCAUAAAAUAGGGAUAGCAUACAAAAUUUUAGCAGCUGCUUUUAAGAUUAUGUAUAAUAAGAAACUAAAGAAAUUCAAAGUUAAGUUGAGCCAGCCACUUCUACAAUAACCAAAGAUAAUUUUAUUGGAAGUGGAAUCAAUUCAUAGAAAUGUUAUUUCAAAGGAAACUAUAGAAACAUUAGUCCAAGAUUAAAGGAAAUAAUUUAAUAAAAUCCUGACCUAAACAAAGAAGGAUAGAUUAAAGAAUUACUGUGCAAAAUAUAAUACAAAAAGCAAAUUCUUUAAAAUAAUUCAUUAGGCUAAUAAUAGUUAUCUGUAAUGCAUAUAUUCAAAGAGACUUCAGACAUAUUCAACGAUGCAACUCAUAAGCAGCAUAAGAUGAGGGAUUUUAGAAAACAUUUAGAAUCUGCAGAUGGAAGCAAGCGAUACAGCUUAAAUGAGAAAUAAUUUAUUAAACAAGGAAAAAUGACAAGAUAAGAGAAGAUAGAAUAGCUUCUUUAAAAAUUUAAAGAAAAAACUUUAAUUUAAAAUGACUUGACCAAAUCUUUGACUGGAGAGUUUUUCAUUCAAUCUUAAUCUCCUCAAAUAAAGGACAAAAUCCCUAGUUGCAAAAGAACAAAUAGUCUUGAUUAUCUUUUAAAUUCAGAAAUGUUUUAAAAAAAGGAUUUUGUUAUUUAAAGCGACUCUCUUAACAAUUCAGAAAAUGUUAUGCAAAGUUCUAUAAAUUCUCAGAGCUCAGCUUAAUCUUAAAUGAAAAAACAUGAUUGCGAUAAUUUUAUUUUUUUUGGAUAGUAGAGUGCAAACAAAGGCUUGAAUGCUAGGAAAUUAAGAAGUUCCUUCUUUUACAACCCUAAGCAUCAUAGAAUUGGAAGCUUAAAUUUACAAUCUACAAAAUAAUCUAAAUUUUUAGUUCAAAAUUAGCAUAGCAUUUUAAAUAGCAGCAAUAAAAGCAGUUUAAUUGACUAAGAUCAUUUAAAGAAUGAGCAAUAAUCUAAAACCAAUCACAGACAAAGUUUUUCUUAAACACAAAACUCUUGUUUUUUCAAGAAUAUAUCUGAAUUUACAAAUCCACUACCUUCACCAAAUGAAAGUCCAUUUAAGAGUAAUAAGAGUUUUGGCAAAUUAAAAAGUAUUUAGAGCAAUAUGGAAAAAAUUGUAAUAGUAAAUCACAUGGGAAAGCCAACCACAUUCCUUCAAUAAACAUUUUAGUAGCAAUUAAAGUGACUAAAAAUAAAAAUAAAAAAAAGAAAUAUUAAAAUUUUAUUUAAGAAAAAUUAUAAAUAAAUAAAUAUUUCUUCUAACUAAAUAAAUUACUAUUUACUCAUAAUUUAUUAACCAAUUAACAAGCCAACUAAAACCUAAAACAUUGCUAAGUAAGUA